AAAAUCCAGCGGCCUUGGGGUAUAAUCACUGAAACCCGAGCUAAGAACAAAUCUCCACUCCACAUCUGACGCAUUCGUUUCUGCAAAUAUCUCGCAAACUGGACUCGCCAUGUUCGCCAAGCGUCUGCUGCACAAAGCUAUCCACCAUUCUCAGCAUCGCGGUUUGAAAUCGGAAGACUUGGAUUUGCGGAUUUCAAUCCACUAUGGAAUUCCAACUACUUCAUCGACCCUCGCUUUUGACUCCGUUCAGCGCCUCUUGGCUAUCGGGACAUUGGAUGGGAGGAUUAAGGUUAUUGGCGGUGAUGGUAUUGAAGGGCUUUUCAUAUCUCCAAAGCAGUUGCCUUAUAAAUAUUUAGAGUUCAUACAAAACCAUGGUUUUAUAGUCAGCAUCUCAAAUGACAAUGAUAUCCAGGUUUGGAAUCUGGAGACCAGGUGCCUUGCAUGUUCUUUACAAUGGGAAUCCAAUAUCACGGCUUUCUCUGUAAUUAGUGGCUCCAAAUUUAUGUAUGUUGGAGAUGAGUUUGGGUUAACAUCAGUGUUGAAGGUCGAUACUGAAGAUGGAAAACUUUUGCAGUUUCCAUAUAAUUUAUCUGCAGAUUCAUUAAGUGAACUGGCUGGAUUUUCGUUUCACAAUCACCAACCUGUGGUUGGAAUUCUUCCGCAACCUCGUUCCUCUGGAAAUAGAGUGAUAAUUGCAUAUGCGAAUGGGUUGAUACUUCUUUGGGAUACUUCUGAAGCUCAAAUUCUUUUUGUUGGAGGUAGUAAGGAUCUUCAACUAAAGGAUGCUGUGGACAUUGAUUCCCCAGAUGAUACAUAUGAGCACAAUCUUCAGGAUAAGGAGAUAAGUGCUCUUUGUUGGGCAUCUUUGGAUGGAUCUAUUCUUGCGGUGGGAUACCUAGAUGGGGAUAUUUUAUUUUGGAAUACAUCAAGUGUUGCCACUUCUAGUGGUAAACAAACUGGGCAGGGAAAAAAUGUUGUUAAGCUACAACUGUCAUCUGCUGACAGGAGACUUCCUGUAAUUGUCUUACACUGGUCUGCAAAUGAUAGAUCACCCAAUAAUUCUGAUGGGCGACUUUUUAUCUAUGGUGGUGACGAAAUAGGAUCUGAGGAAGUUCUAACGGUCUUAAGUCUUGAAUGGUCUAAUGGGAUGGAGACAUUAAGAUGUGUUGGUCGUGUGGAUCUUACUCUUGUUGGCUCUUUCGCUGACAUGAUUUUGUUACCAAGUGCUGGGGCAACAGGCAGCAAUCACAGAGCAGAUCUUUUUGUGUUAACAAGCCCUGGACAACUGCAUCUCUAUGAUGGUGCUAAUUUGUCUAAUUGGCUGACUCAGCAAGAGAGGAAACCAUCUGUUUGCCCAGCAGAUUUUCCCAUGGUAAUACCUACAUCUGAGCCAUUGAUGACUGUGGCAAAAUUCUGCAUGUUACCCUCAGGUGGAAAUUCAUCAAAAGGUGUGUCAGAGCAGGCAUCAGUGAUGAAACUUGGCCCAACGCCAGCACUUUCUGGUGGCUUGCAGUGGCCCUUGACUGGAGGUGUGCUGAGUCAGUUAUCUGUUACCAAAGAUAAAAGUGUUGAAAUAGUGUACAUGGCGGGUUAUAGAGAUGGAUCUGUUCGGAUUUGGGAUGCCUCAUAUCCUGUCCUUCGACCCCUUUGUUUUCUAGAAGGACAGGUGCAGGGUAUAAAUGUGGCUGGUUCAAGUGCUCCAGUAUCAACUCUAAACUUCUGUUGCCUCACUUUGUGCUUGGUCAUUGGAAAUGAAUGUGGUCUGGUUCGUGUUUAUGAUCUCAAUAGGAGCUCACAUAAAAUAAAUUGCCAUUUUGUCACGGAAACAAGUUCUGAAGUUCACAGUUUGCCUCAAGGAGAAGGACCUCAGUGCAGAGCUAUUAUUUCCCUUGUUAAUUCCCCAGUUCAAACCCUACACUUUGGAAAUUCUGGAGCCAGGCUCGCCAUUGGAUUUGAAUGUGGUCGUGUUGCAUUGCUUGAUAUGAGUUCGUUAUCAAUUUUGUUCUUCAUGGACUCUGUGUUGGGCACUAGUUCUCCUGUGGUUUCAAUGUCUUCAAUAGAGUGUACAAAUGCUCAUGACUCUGUGAAGAGCACAAAGCAUACAGAAACUAAACUUCCAGAAAAUACCAAAGAAGAAAUAAUGUUCAUUUUAACAAAAGAUGCGAAAAUUAGAUGUAUUGAUGCUUGUAGCGGUAGUAUGAUCAGCUCCCAUCCAUGGCACCUGAAAAAACAAGAUACUGCAAUCUCCAUUUAUGUUUUAGAGAACAAUGUCCCAUUAUCUGCAUUGACCAGUGAAAAGCACCCAGAGGAACCCAGCAAGGAUACCACUGCCCAGAAGGAGCCUAGGCCUGAGGCUUCUUCAGUUGCAACUGAUCCACCUGAGGCCCAUCAUCCCUCUUCUUCAGAAAUUGCAUGUGCUGGGGAACAAUCGCUAGAUGCACUCAUUUUGCUUUGUUGUGAAAAUUCAUCACGCUUGUACUCCAUAAAGUCUGUGAUUCAGGGGAAUGACAAAGCCAUUCAUAAAGUAAAGCAUGCUAAACCUUGCUGUUGGGCCACAACUUUCAUGAAAGAUGGAAAAGUUUGUGGACUGGUAUUGUUUUUUCAGACUGGUGUUAUCGAAAUCAGAUCGCUGCCAGACUUGGAGUUGCUGAAAGAAAGCUCCAUAAUGUCAAUUCUGAGAUGGAAUUUGAAGCCAAAUAUGGAUAAAACUAUGAGUUCAGAUGAUGCUCAGAUUACACUGGCAAAUGGAUCUGAAGUAGCAUUCAUCUCUCUAUUAGCUGGAAAAGAUGAUUUCAGGAUUCCGGAGUCCUUGCCUUGUCUCCAUGAUAGCGUUCUUGCAGCUGCUGCUGAGGCUGCCAUCACUGUCUCAUCAAAUCAGAAUAAAAAACAGGGUUCUGCAUCUGGAAUUCUUGGUGGUAUGGUUAAAGGACUCAAAGGGGGGAAAGUGAAUAGUACCACAAAAGCUGAAUCCGAUUUCUCUCAUUUAGAGGGCAUAUUUCUUAAGCCUUCCUUCUCACAGACGUUCCCAACUGUUGCAAAUAGUCAGGAAGUGGAGGAGCUCAGUAUAGAUGACAUAGAAAUAGAUGAAACUCCACUUGUGGCCAGUUCAUCUCAUGAAUUUGUAAAAACAAAAGGAGAGAAGGAAACAGAUAGGGAAAAACUGUUAGGAGUGCCAGAUGACACGAAGCCUAGGAUUAGAACACCGCAAGAAAUUAUUGCUAAGUACAGAAAAGCCACGGAUGCCUCUUCAGCAGCUGCAGAUGCGAGAAACAAACUAGUGGAGAGGCAGGAAAAGCUGGAGAGAAUCAGUAGGCGCACUGAAGAGCUGCAAAGUGGAGCUGAAGACUUUGCAUCAUUGGCAAAUGAGCUAGUCAAAACAAUGGAAAAUCGGAAGUGGUGGCACAUAUGAGGGCAGGCAAAAGAGCAACUUAGCACGAGAGGUUAUGGUCACACAUCAGUGGUCUUCCAAGGUGCUGAGAAGAUAAGUUCACUCUCUUCCAUGUAAUGUAAUUACUGUUAUACUAGAUGUUGAAAAUGAAAUUACUUUGUGAAUCAAGAUUUGGUUUUUGGGGCCUUGUUCGGGAAACAAGGUUGUGUGGAGCAUUUGUUGAUGAAAUUGAUUAUAUAUGGUUUCAGAAUGAAUGUAUUAAUGUGACUUAUUCAUAUGUUCUAAAUCAUAAUUUUCAGUUCUUCCAUGCCGAUAAACAUGUUUCAGCCAAAAACAGAGCAGCUAACAGAUUACAUGCAGACAGAUUAUCUACAUAAACAUGCAAAUAAGUUUACAAAAAGAAGAAAGUUUAUUCUCUAAAAUCUACCAAAGAAUGAAAGGAAGAAGGAAAUUAAGCAAAACCUUCAUCUUUUAUGUACGAUCUGCGACCAUAAACUUCCUCCAAUGCCAUCAACAACUCUUGAAUUUGAUAUAUUAGGAAAGCCUCUGCCAUCAAGAUCCCUUAGCUCAAUUUCAUUAGGAAACCUGAGUUCCAUUAACCUAGGAAACACCUACAUUCAAAAAAGAACCGUAAGAACAACUGGAAACAUUUGAUAUAUUUCUUCUCAACCAAAUAUAGAAAGAAUGUCGAA